AUGCGGGCGGCGGGCGAGCGGAGCGCGGCGCGGCGGGAGGCCACGGGCCGGCGGCUGGCGCGGCUGGCGGCGCUCAGAGGGGAGGCCGCGCUGCCCGCAGGGGAGGCCGCGCUGCCCGCAGGGGAGGCCGCCCGCCCCGGCCGGUUCUGGGACGUCGUGGCGCUGACGGCCGCCGACGCGGAGCAGGCGCUGGGCUACCGGCGGCAGCUGGCCGAGAAGCUGAGCAGGAAGGAGCUGCCGUUCGGCGUUCGCUACCACGUUUUUGUGGAUCCACCGGGACCGAAAAUCGGAAAUGGUGGAUCAACACUUCAUGUUCUUCGGUGCUUGGAAGAUCUGUAUGGUGAUAAAUGGGCAUCUUUUAUUGUGCUGCUAAUUCAUUCUGGCGGUUACAGUCAGCGUUUACCAAGUGCAAGUGCCCUGGGAAAGGUUUUCACAGCACUGCCUUUUGGUGAUCCCGUUUACCAGAUGUUGGAACUGAAGCUCGCCAUGUACAUUGAUUUCCCCAGUCACAUGAAACCAGGAGUUCUCGUUACGUGUUCAGAUGACAUAGAACUUUACAGCACUGGAGUUGCAGAAACCGUCACAUUUGAUAAACCUGGAUUUACCGCAUUAGCUCACCCUUCAGAUUUGACAGUUGGGACCACUCACGGAGUGUUUGUUUUGGAUCCGUCCAGUUUUUCAGGAGAAGGAGGGCUUGAAUACACGUCUUGCCGUCAUUUCCUGCACAAGCCCGAUAUUGAGACGAUGCGCCAGUGUGGCGCAGUGUGCGUAAGGGGGAAUUCUUCUCAGCUGAGCUCCUCUGGAGAACGCAGGGACUCAGAAAGGGACUCGGAGUGUGUGUAUACAGACAGUAUAUUUUACAUUGAUCAUAGCACUGCAAAACAAUUACUGACAUUUUAUAAGGAGGUGGGCCCUCUUUGCUGUGAAAUAGAUGCAUAUGGUGACUUCCUCCAGGCCCUGGGACCCGGAGCCACUCAAGAUUACACAAAAAAUACAAGUAACGUCACAAAAGAGGAAUCACGGUCAGUAGAAGUACGGCAGAAGCUGUACUCUCUUCUGAAAGGAACUACGCUUAAUGUCAUAGUUUUAAACAACUCUAAAUUCUAUCACAUUGGAACUACUCAGGAGUAUUUGUUUCAUUUUACAUCCGAUAGCAAACUGAAAUUUGAGCUUGACUUACUGUCUGUGGCUUUUAGCAUCUUUUCUGACAAAGCUGAGGCCUUGGGUCAAUCGGCAAGUAUCAUACAAAGCAUACUUGAGCCUGGAUGUUGUAUAGGGCCUGGAUCUGUUGUUGAGUACUCUAGAAUUGGACCUGAAGUCUCAGUGGGGAAGAGCAGCAUUAUUAGUGGAUCCUACAUAAACGUGAAAGUAGACAUACCUCCAAACUGUUUCCUGAGUUCCUUGAGUAUAAAAAUGAACGAUCAGGUUAAGUAUGUAAGCAUGGUGUUUAGUGUAGAAGAUGACUUGAAAAAGAGUGUGAAAUUGUUGUCAGAUAUACCUUCACUCCAGUUUUUUGGAGUCAGUUUACUGGAAUGCUUGGGCCUCUGGGGUGUAAAUGUUUCAGACCAGCUCUUCUCCAGUGAGAACACACGUUUGGGGUUGUGGACUGCUAGGAUUUUUCCUGUUUGUUCUACUUUAAGUGAAUCAGUUAGAAUGUCAUUAAAAAUGUUAAAUUCUGUGCAGCACAUGUCAGCUUUUAAACUGAAUGGUUUUAAGCUCUUGUCUGUUGAAGAAAUGCUCGCCUACAAAGAUGUAGAAGACAUGUUGAAGUUUAGGAAGCAAAUUUAUGAUGAAAUUUGUCUACAAAAACAAAAAGAGAAGUCUGCUUUGUAGAAUGAACAGUACUUGAACAAAUUUCCUGUUUUCACUUGUGGAUGAUUGAUAACUUCCCAGCUUGCAAAAAUCAUGAGAAAAAAAGUACACAGAUCUUUUCUCUGAUUUAAUCAAGGUAGAAAUAAUUAAAUGGCAUUAACGUUGUUGUAGCAUAACAUUAAUAAUGCAGCAAGUGCAGAUAAACAGUUCUUCUGAUGAAAGAAGUAAUGAAAUAUUUCAGAUCUCUGAAAACACUAAUUGAUGACUUUUUUGGGGGUGCAUAUUAUUAUGUUUUGUAAUCUUUGUCAGUAAGAAUAUGAUACAGAACCAAUUAGUUAGAAAUUUGACUGAAAAUUGCUUUGAAAGUUUUUCAAAGUAGAACAUUAGCUCCAGUGACAUGGAAUGAUACAGCAAUAACUUAUGUUUCUCUCUUUUCAUGCUGCCUUUUUACAGCAGUGUUUCAAAUAGGUAGAGAUAAAUUUAUUAAAAAUACUUUUUAAAUUAAGGCCUCCUGUCUUAAACAUUAAUCAUUUGGAAAAUGGACUGUGCCAUAGCGAAUAUCAGUGUACAAGGACUGAUAAUGGUAUUGGCAAUCCAGGCAUCCAUCUGUCAAGGGCUGGUGGAAUUUAAAAAUUAAAAUACACAUCCAUUGCACUUUGAAUCCUGUUGAAAGGAUUUGGCAGACAUGAGGCAUAGUUUUCUUCAGGCUUUUUCGUGAGUUUUAAAUGCCGAAACAUGGCUUUACCCUGUCAAGCUACAAAAGGUAGCCAGUUUUGUUGACUCUCCUGUAUCAGCUUGAGGAUACAACCUGAAAACCUGGCAUGAAUACCCUGUUUGAUUGAAGUCACUAGGGGUUUUGCUUUCGGUUUAAGCAGGGGCCAGGAUUUUGCCCCUGGCAAGGGUGGUGACGGAGCCAAGGCUCCCGAGAGCUCUCUGAGGAAGAGCAAGGACCGCAGGGGAGUCGGGGAGCAGCCAGCCCUGCGCACGCCUGGCAGCCCCUCGCCCGCCCGCGGUGCGGCGGAGCAGGGGCGGUGGGCGAGCGGGAGCUGCUGAGCACAAGGAGAAGAGUCCACCUGCAGUGGGUGUAACGUCACUUUUGAGUUAACGGUACGUCGGUCGAAAGGAGAGAGAUGACGACACAGAAGCGAGUAUUUGUGUGUAUCCUUGAUGACACAUUUGAAAAAUAAUGUCUUCAGGCAUGAGAUAACCCUUUGCUGUAUGUUUUGCAGCUAUUUAUGAAGUGUGUGUGGUUUUUAGCUAUGACAAAUUACAGUCCUUACAACAAGGGCUACGUUAUAGGGUGACUAGAUCUUAGUAAAGUCAAAAAGACUUCAGACUGGACGCUUCCAUCUAAGUUUGAUGUACACAAUAUGUGUAUGUGUUUUAUUUGUAUUGCAUUUUACAAACUUUAAUCUUUCCUUUUCACAGUCUGCUGUUAAGGUAGAUGAGAAAAAUUUUCUCAUGCAACCAGCUGGGAUAAAUUUGUCCCAAGGAAACUGAAAGACUUGUGCAAGGCCACACAGUAAAACUUAGCAACAGCAAGAUAGUAGUUAGGGGGUUGCUGAUUUGUGGUACCAGAUUCUGAAAACAAGACCAUCAUGGCAUCCUAGCCAUGGUUUUCCUCCAGUCUGAGUAAUAAACGAUUCAGCGCUGAAAAUGCCCAUCAGGUAGUGCCUUGUAAGAACGGGAGGCAUCUAUUGGAGUUUCACUUUGAUUAGGGCUUAUUGAGAUUCCUAGAUGGAUGCAGUUUUCAUAUGGGCCUCAAGAUCAUUGCCUGGCUCCAUCUCUCCUGAAAUGCAGCUCAGGCUGGUACAGUCUCAAAUAAAGCCAAGAUGAGUGUUUAAUGAUUUUAUUCAUGUCAGCUUUCUUUAUUUAAUUAGUUUUGCUGUGUAGUGCAAUAAUAGGGCUCAUAAUGAACAUCAUCUUAAUGAUUUCCCUGAAUGCUUUGAGAGCAUGCUAUAAUGAACAGAUAUUUAGCCGUACUGUAUAUAUUACACUACGAAAUUUGAUAGAGGAGGAUUAUUUCGGUAACCUUUUAGGCAGGAAAUUGAAAUCUGAGAAAUUGGGCACUUAAAAAAGAACGCAAGGGAAGGCAGCUGAAGUAAAAAUGAGCAGCUGAAAGGUAUCUGUGCCAGAAGGAUUUUAGGAACUGACAGAAGAAAGUAAGCUCCAACAAUCAUUUGGAUCUGUGUAGAAAUGUUCUUGACUCGGACAGGGAGAUUGUCUGUACUGGAGCUCAGCGGUUCCAGCCUCUUCUCAUUCCUAAAUCUCUGAUGCAACAGCUUCAUUUUCUGCUCUCUGCACAUGUGGAAAAUUAAUCCCUGUGCAAAUGCCACUGCGGUAUUGUGAGAACAAAAAUAGCAGUACUAUUCUCCUGUACGCGUCUUUUAAUCCACUGCCACCGAGAAGCCAUUGUAAGCACCUGUUUCCUUAUAUGGGCUACAGAGUACCUUGUACUUUAUUUUCAUAAAAAUGCAUUUUCCUUUAACGCCAGUUUUAUUUUCUGUGUCAUAUCUGAAUGUCACCAUUGAAAUGUAUAGGACCAACCUACAGCCCCUAAAAGUAAAUGAUAGAUAUGGAUAUGUUCUAAUCAAUUUGAAAUAAAAAUAAUUGCAAAA